AGAAAUAGUUAAAAAUUAGAAAAGAAUUAUAAUUUUUGUGUAAUGUUGCCGAAAACACCAAAACCAGCAGUGUGGAAAUUUAUUAAAAGUAGUGCAAAAACUCUUUUUAUAUUUGAAGCCGUUUGCUUUGCUGCCUCCUACGCCGUUUAUUAUCGUAUGAACACGAAUCGAGAUUUCCGUUAUUACAUCAACGAAAAUUUUCCAUUUGCGCUCGACUAUUUUUAUAAACUUGGUGAAUUUUUGGGGGAAAGCAACUUACGUCAAAUUGAUUCUUCUGUCUGGAAAAGUGAAACCAAGAAAUUGGGUGAACAUCAAAAAGGGGAAUAAAUAAAGAAACACAAGACCAGUCACCAGGUAGAUCAUCAACUCGAGAUUCCAAAACGAUCUAUAUUAAAACCUAUAUAUAUUACUCCUAUUUAUAAAUGGCAGGAAGCCCAUACGUUAAAUCCUUAUUUUGGUUAGCAGCUUUUGGUGGCAUUGGAUACGGACUACUUAUUGCAACCACACCAUCUGGUGAGAAGUUAGAACGUAUCAAAUCAUCAUCUUCGCAAUCUUUUCCAACAGUUGAAAACAAAAAUAAGCAAUUGUUUAUGGAUCAACUGAAAAAAUCAGCUAAUGUGACAGAUGAAAUUGAAGAUCCUACUAAGAAGCAAAAUUAAUUGAAAUCGUAUUAAAGCGAAAAUUGCAUUGUUGAAAUUGAAAAAAGAAAUUAACAUAUAUUUAAACAAAUUUUUUAGUUUUAAGCAUUCAAAAUGUAUAACAUAAAUCCUUCAGUUGAUCGCGGGGUCGAUAAUACAGACUCUGCAAAUAGGACGACGGGAAGUAUAUUAGAACGACUUAAUAAGCGCAACAAAGAUAGACAGAAUUACAAUGACAUCAGGA